GCAGUACUGAAAGUACUUAGGGGAUGGAGGUAUUGGGAAACGUCUCAGUCAGCUGAUUUUUGGUUGCGUGGUGUCAAACACAUCAAGAGGAAACAGCUCAGCUCUGUGCACACUCAGCUCUUGACACCAUCAAGGCAACAGCAGUGGAAGAAAUCUCUAAGACAGCUCUGCUCCUUAAAGAGAAAUGGAUUUCACAUCGGAUUAUCAGUACAGUUCAGACUACAAUUACAGUGACACUGGCAAUUUCACUCCACUGGACGAGCCACUUUUUACGCCCAAAUCGACGAGUUCACAGGAUGUCUUGUCUGUGUCUUUGCUGGUGGUCAGUGUGAUCAUUUUCCUGCUGGGCUUUUUUGGAAAUGCAUUGGUCAUCUGGAUUUCUGGCUUCAAGAUGAAGAAGACAGUCAACACCACCUGGUACUUGAGCCUUGCGAUUUCAGACUUUGUCUUCUGCGCCUCCCUCCCGCUCAACAUCGCCUACAUGGCAAAGGAGGAGUGGCUCUUUGGCCGCUUCAUGUGCAAGCUGACCUCCUUCGUUAUGUUCCUUAACAUGUUCAGCAGCAUCUUCCUCCUGGUCGUCAUCAGUGUCGACCGUUGUAUCUCUGUCAUGUUUCCAGUUUGGGCCCAGAACCAGCGCACUAUUAAAAAGGCCUCCAUUGUUGUUGUCCUGUCCUGGUCUCUGGCUGUCGUUUUGAGCAUUCCCUCCCUGAUCUUUCGGGAAGUUGGCAGUCACCUGGGCAGGACUACUUGCUUCAACAGUUAUACAUUACACCAAUACAGUCACGCAAUAGUUGCAGUGAGCCGCCUCCUGGCAGGGUUUGUUGUCCCUUUCAUCGUCAUCAUUGUUUGCUACUCUGUCAUCAUCCUCAGACUUCGCACCAGUAGGAUGACCAAGUCCUCCAAACCCUUCAAAGUGAUGACUGCAUUAGUUGUCACUUUCUUCAUCUGCUGGCUGCCCUACCACGUGUUCAUCCUGCUUGACCUGAACCACCAAAAGUACAACAACGAUAUUUUAAACAUCGGACUUAAAGUAGGCACCUCUAUGGCAGCAGCAAACAGCUUCCUCAACCCGGUGUUAUAUGUUUUCAUGGGCAAUGACUUCAAGCAGAAGUUUAAGAGCUCGGUGUUCUCAAGGAUGGAGAAUGCAAUGGGAGAGGAAGGCCGCAGCAGCCGAUACAUUACCAGGACCAGCUCCAUAGACACCAGAGCUUCUACACACAUCUAGAGAUGUCAGGCAUUACUCCAAAACUGGUUUGCUCUGUACUCUCAUUUGACACCAAAAAUUCCUGUUUUUAAAUAUGCAAUUAACAAAAUAACACACUUGUGACUAAAUUAGCAUUUUUGUAGCACUUUGUCAGGAUAAAGGAAUCUGCUCCCAUUUAGGUUCACAAACAUAGCUGAAGAAUCUGCAUGCUUGAACCAAUAUGUAAACAUGUGCUUAGGUCAUGUUGCAUUGCAGAGGCAGCGGAACUGGUCUCAUCCAGUAGCAGAAGUGUUUUCAGAACAGUGUACAGCAGCACAAGGAGGAAUUUUAGCUGUAAAAUAAAAGGGCUGUAAAAUAUGAGGCAUAUCUUCUGAUUCUAAACAAGGAAAAUGUAUUAUGUUGCUCAUUUGACUCUGUAAUUGAUUGUAGUAAAGUCUACAUUUUCUUCCUUGACUUCUGAACUAAACUGAUAAGCGUAAAGGCUAAACUGAAGUUAACACUCUUUCAAGGAAACAAACAAAGAGCUCAUGAGUUGUAUUUCUUCAGCCCCAGCUGGUGUUCCCACCCAAGUGUCCUGUGGUUUUGUUAGUUUUCUUAGUACUCAACUAUUUCUGUGUUGCAUCACACUGUAUAUGUGAGUUAUAUUAGGGUGGACUAAAUACAAUGUGCAAAUGGGUGGAGGUCUGUUGUUGAAGUAGGUGCAGUGUAGUUAGUUCUUUUAAGAAUAAGAGAAGUAGAGAAAUGGCUACAAACUCUUUUAGAUAUACUUUACUGUGAGAUUGUGUCUUUCUGUCAAUCCAGAAUAGUAAUCAGGAAACCAUGACGCAGUGUAAAUACCACACACCGUGCUGUUAUUAUCAAGUGAUCAAAAUAGUUUGUUGUACAGAAGUGUAUAUUUGUUUUUUGGAAUUAAGCUGUAACUAUUAAAAUUAGCUCUAUGAUGUGUUCUCUAAUCUCAAUAUAUCCUCAGUAUUGAGGCAUUCUUUGCCUUUUGAAGCUAAAACAAAUAAAAUAAUCCCUUCUUGAUAAAAAAUGUUUAUUUGUCAUUAAUUCAUAGUCAUGAUUGGAAAACUGUGGUAAAGGCACUGAGAACUUUAACAGUAGAUUAAAGUUAAGUCAGAUUAGAAGAACUGGAAUAUUUAAUGUGGAAUUAUUUGCAGUCAGAAAGUGUAACCAAGCACUAGCAUUUCAUAGACAGCAUCAGUUAUUUCACUGAUACACUUGCGGUAAUGUACGUACAUAUAUUGUACACAGUGCAAUGAUAUCCCCCCAUCACUGCCCAUAUCACUGCAAACAGGCGGUCAGUAGAGUACAGUGAGCUCCUUACACAACAUAUUUUCAUGCUCAAUUUUGUGAACAAUUCUGAAACAAUAAUACCUGCACUUAGAGACACAGUGAAUGUGUAUUUGAUGUAAACCAUUAACCUUUGAAAACAAUACUUCCUGCACAGUAACAACAUAAGAGGAAUCAUAACGAGCAGAACCAGUCUGGUAAUUUUUUUGAUGUUGAAACAGUGGAGGACAAAGGGAAGACCCACACUCCAAAGGUUAUGUGAAACACUAGCAUUGGGUCACAGUGAAACACGUUUGUGUCAUUAAAUGGCAGAUGGACGGUUAGCUGGUGGAGAGGUUAGCAGCUAAAGAGUCAGAUGUUGGUAAAGACCAAAACAGAGAUAAAAGAAGAGUGAACAUAGGACUUACAUUCAUCAGGCGCUAAGAAAAACCUUUUUUAACUAACUUUAACUAAGGUUUCAUCUAGUGCCAUCAUCAUGUUAAAAUAUUAAUUUGUCCAGUUCUUCACAGUCCAUAAUUUCAGUCCCUCUGCUGGCCUCUUAUACUUUGUGUUUUGUGCUAAUGUAACACGUGAACCUGGUAAAUAUUAUACCUGCUUGUGUGGUCAUGUUUAUUUCUUGGAUGCACAGCCUCUGUGUUUUACAGGAAAUCCGUGCCAUGCACACUGGACCAUUGAACAACCGUAGGUAGUGGUAAUUUACUUUUAAUUUAGUAUAUUUACAUAAGUUAGGGUAUAUUCCAUAUAACAGAAUCUAAAUACUAAGUAGGCUACUGCUUUUAUUCAUUCUAUGGUUGUCAUAGUCCGUAAAUAAUGUUCAGUUUUGUUUUUGUCUUGUGUCUGUUGUCUUGUGGCUUCUGCUUUUAUUUUGAAAUUUUAUCUCCUCUUGUUUCAGGUUGCUUGCCCUUCCUU